AUGUCUCACGAGGACUCGUCCCCCCGCUCUCCAGCUGCCAACGCCGGUACUCGACCGCGGAGGAUCUGGUCACCCGCCGAGGACGCGAUACUCAAGGCCCUUGUCGCCCACUACGGUGACGCAAGGGGUCCGCAGGGGAAGUGGAAAGACAUUGCUGCUGGCUUGCAAGACCGCACAGCAAAGGUCAGCUCUCUCGAGUAUCUGGACGCAUUCAAGUGGUACAUCACCACCAUCAUUACCACCAUCACCAUCACCACCACCAUCACCACCAUCACCAGCAGGAGUCCGGUGCCCUCAGACAGUUCGAGCAACAAGCUGAAGCUCAGUCGAUGA